AUGGCGACAUCAUCACCGCUGGCGUAUGCAACCCUCUUCAACAACCCCACCUUCUCCGAUAUCAAGAUCCGGCAGAUCUGCGGCGAUCGUGUUAAAGAGUACUUCGGACACAAGGCGGUGCUUUGUUGUCACUCAAAGUGGUUCAUGCGGGCGCUGACCGGUCGCUUCAAGGAAGCUUCUGAGAGCGUCAUCGAAAUGAAGGACGACGACCCCGACCAUUUCGAGAUCAUGCUGAAAUUUCUCUACACGAACGAAUAUGAACUCUCAGUCGAGGAAAUGGACGCACCACAGCUGGUCGAGAACUUCAUCCACCCUGUUGGAGUGCAUCUCCUAGCAGACAAGUACGAGAUUGAUGGCUUGUGUAUUGCUGCGGCCAAUGCCUUUGGUUGUCCCGAUUCCUGGGAGCACAGCGACUGUUGUUUCAAGAUCGACACGGAUGGGCUAAAUCAAGUGGUCGGUGUGCAUUACGGUGCUUGCGCACUUGUCGGUUCUGACAUGGGCGGCCGCAUUGUCAACUACAUGUUUCGACAUUGCAAGACGACCGACAUGGCUAUGCAGAUCGGUCACCUUGUCCACAGCUUCCCCGCAUUUGGCGCGGACAUCGUGAUAGCAGAGCUGAGACUCAGAUGCUUGGGACAAUGUGCAAAAAAGCACAAAUAG